UACUUGUCCAUCAUGAAGCUAAAUCUUUUUCUCUUGUGUCUCACUGGUAUUGUGCCAAUCACCCUGUCCACCGUCGCUCACAAGUACCACCUGAUCACGACGCCGAUGACGUGGUCAGCUGCUCAGAAUUACUGCAGGGAAAAGUAUGACGACCUGGCUGCGAUUCAAAGUGUUACUGACUGGUUAAGGAUAUCAGCAGAAGCACUGAGAAAAUUUAUGAUUUUUCCUGCCUGGAUCGGAAUGUAUAACAACGUGGACAGCUGGCGCUGGUCCUUUAACGAUCUCCCGUUGAAGAAUAUAACUCUGAGGAAGUGGUACUUUUCUGAGCCUUCUAAUGGGAAAGAAGCAUGUGGUGCAAUUGAUUUCAAUGGAUACUGGUUCGAUUAUCCCUGCACAAAUCUGAAAUCCUUCAUCUGCUACGAUUCUAGAUUGAGUGGAGGUGCCAGAUUCAUCCCCUACCUCCUUCCUCUUCUGGACUGGUCUGGAGCUCAGGCUUACUGCAGAACAUUUCACACUGAUUUGGCCACCGCAUCCAACUCAAUCGAGAACAGCGAAUUAAAGAAUAAAGUGUUAUUCCUGACCUCUUCUUGGUUUGGCCUGUUUAGGGACACUUGGACAUGGUUAGAUGGGAGCAUAGCUUCAAGCAUUCCAUGGGGUCUUUUCCAGCCGGAUAACCUGUUUGGUGCGCAGAACUGCGCCACGUAUGCUGUAGGAAUGAUCAGUGAUGAAACCUGCAGCAGUGAAUAUGCUUUCUUUUGUCACUCCACUCCCCCAGUGAGGAAACAGCAGAUAAUGAGACUGCAGGUGAAGUCUGAUGGGAGUGUGUUUGAUCCUGAUGUGCAGGCGUCCAUUUUAGAGCAAAUUAAGGAGAAGCUGGAGGAAAAUGGCAUGUUGGAGAACACCACAGUGGCCUGGAAGGUGCAGCCAGAAGGAAACAUCUUUUACAAGAAAAAAAAUAAUGACCUGUAACGUCUAAAUGCCGACUCUGUAGUUAACAUAUAACAUUUACUCUAAAGCUCAAAUAAUGUCAACUAUAAUAUAACUGCAGUCUGCAACCUUUUUUUAGAGUUUUUAAGGUUACGCUUUUCUAGUUGCUCUGUUUGAAUAGAUGGAUUAUACAUAACUAUAUUAUUGUGCUGUGAGGUCUGUAAAAUUUUUAGAUUGGGAUGUGAGAAUUGUUUUAGACUGAAAGUUUAAAGUUUGUGCUGUAAAGUUUGAGACCUAUUGCUGUAGACAUCAUAUUCAGUUCAAAUAUUAUCACUUAAUAUCUUUUUUAACAGUAUGUUUUGAAAGUUAAUACUCUGUAGAUGUUUACAUCAUUAAAUAAAAAUCUUUUAA